AUGUCUGAUAUCGAUAGUCCUCGUCCGUUUCGUCGUGAACGAAAUUUAAGUAAUCGUAAUUUUAAUAAACGCGGUUCGAAUCACAGACGCCAGAGCACCGAAAGUCACUCUUCCAUAGAACCCCGAAUGCUGCAUGAAAUCAAUAUAGAUGAUAAUAGUGUAACCAAUAAUAUCUCACAACCUGCUACCCCCUCAAUUGCCAGUAACAGCACAACCACAAGUUCCAGUUCUUCGAUGAAUAUAGCUUAUUCUGUUAAUUCAGAUACAUCGGAGAGUGCAAUUAACCACCGACCCACAAAACCAAUAAGAAAGUUACGCUCAUAUGAAUUUAGCACAAGUCAAGAUGGACUGAUAAGUAAUAACUCGCCACCGGUUAAUACCCCCACAGAAGAACAAAACAACGAUGAAAAUCAGUCAUCAGCCGUCAAUACACCCGUUACACCAGAUCCUGCCUGGUUGGGUGUACAACAGAAACGUAUUAUUUUUGAAAAAUUCCAUGCCAGCGAUAAUUUGAAAACAUCAAAAUUUACAUCGAAAUCUACACAGUCACUGCUUUCAAGUGAACGAUCACAGCCGGUAUGGCAUAAGGUAUCAUCGCCCACAUUGACUUCAUCAUCCAUCUCAUCGAAUUCCGGAUCAUAUUACGUGGCUCCACCGGGACGGGUGUUAGUCAUGAAUUUGGAGGCCACAAAUAAACACAAUGCCAAUCGACAUUCUUCGUUUCAUCAGAUUAUCGAUGAAGAACACACGGAGGAUGAAGUUGAUGCCAUUGAAGAUGAGGUAGCUGAGGUUGAAUGUACAGAAAAUCAUAAGGCACUUCCAGAAGAAAAUGUCGAACCAGUAGUUGAGACUACAAAUACAACGUUAUUAGCACCAAUGCUAACACAUUCAAAAAGUCAUGAACCCACAGCGAAGGAUGAAGGUUCUAAACAGGAGAAUACUUCAAAUCAGAGUGCGGAAGCCCUGGGUAAAACGAAAUCCAAAGAUUUUCCAAGAAACUAUCGAUCGCGACCCUUAACUGAAAUUGGUGGCUCACAAACGGUUCGUCUGCGUGGUGAGAAAUAUACUUCAUUGCGCCAGGUUAUAUGGUGA